GGAAGACGCCGUUGGUCAACUUGUGUCCAUUUCAAACUGCGCAACUAGUGCUUGUACGUAACUUUCCGACACUGCACUAUUGUUUCGAUUUUUAAUAUCACGCGUCACAGCUGCGACGAAUUUACUUUUACGUACACACUAAGACAUAAACAAAUUAUUCAAAUGCGUAAGUGAAAUUCGUCUUUAACGAAAGUAAAAAGCAUCAACGAGUGGGAGAAAAUUGAAGAAAGAAGGGAGUCAACACCAAACAGUCACUUUCUUUGAACUGUCUACAGAAACCAAAAUUUGGGUCAAACGUUAAGACAAGGUUUGGUGUUUAUGUCGUUCUUAGCAUUGGCAGUAUACUUGGCACCGUGAAUGUGAUACAAACUGGGAUACAUGCAUUUCAAGAUGAAGUUCCGGAUAAUUUUUGUCGGUAGAUUUAUGAUCCUGUGUAUAUUAUUUCCCAUUUCGUAUGAGUACACUGCGGGCCAAUAUUACAAUUACCAGCCGUGGUCCAUGAAAACAACCGAGGAACCACCGAAGUGGAUUAAAAUUUCCCGUAUUAGAUCUGUAGAUAACAGCCAAUAUUACCAACCCAGUCUGUAUAACGAAAAUUACCCCCCGUUUCGUAGAAACAGCAAAUAUGUCGAAAGUGGACGCCAUUUGAAGCCCGAAACGAUUUCUAAAAUAACAGAAACGCUGGGAGCUUUAAACACGGUCGGUAGAUAUCUAGUCAAUAUCACCAGGAGUGGUGAUGGUGCUAAAUUAACACGUGAAGUGCCAUCGGCUUUAUAUACAAUUAGUAAAAAUGUACUGGGGAGAAAUGUCACAGACACCAUCGCACCUUUGGUGAGGGAAGCACUGCCUUUGCCGGAAACAGAUGACAAGCACAAAGUGGAAAAUAAAGUCGAUGGAGAACAAGAAGACGAAAGUGUCGACGAGUCUCGAUGGUGCACUACACCAUCCGGAUUACCAGGGUCGUGCAACGAUUUGGGUGACUGCCCACAAUUGUUGUUGAAUUUGGACAGCCUUCGCCAAUCUUUAUGUUUUAAGGAUUUGUUUUUGCCCGGGGUGUGCUGCCCGCGCAAUGAGAAUGCUCAGAAGAAGCCGAAACCUGUGAUCACGUCAACAUCGACCGCCAGUACUACCUCUGCGACGGUCAGUACUACAACCAAGCCGACCACUUUUGCAUCGAUUUAUUAUAACACCGAAAAAACCACUACCAGCAAGCCGAUCAAAUUUGAAUCAGAUUUCAAUAUUGGUCAAGCGACGACCAAAAGACCAUUUACAUUUGAGUUUUCUAGUACAGCCAAAUCCAACAUCACUUCAUUGGUCGCAAUCUCCUCAACAGCUAGAUCUCCUGUUAGCGAAUCAACUAUGCCCGUGAUAAAUAAUUUUGUUCAUCCAGAUGAGUGUGGCCAGCCGGAAUCGGCAAAAUUCCGUGUAGUUGGUGGUGAAGAAUCAUUACCAGGUCGAUGGCCUUGGAUGGCCGCCAUAUUUCUCCAUGGUUCUAGAAGAAUCGAGUUCUGGUGCGGAGGCACUAUUAUUUCAGCCACCCAUAUCUUGACAGCGGCCCAUUGCACAAGAGACUCCAGACAAAGACCGUUCUCCGCCAGACAAUUUACAGUUCGGUUAGGAGAUAUUGACCUAAAGAGAGACGACGAACCUUCAGCCCCUGUAACAUUUAAGGUCACUGAUGUGAGAGCACACAAACAAUUCAGUAGGGUUGGUUUUUACAAUGAUAUCGCGAUUUUAAAACUGGACCGACCAGCGCGGAAAACGAAGUAUGUAAUUCCCAUUUGCUUACCACCACCGGAACUAAAGCAAGAGGAUUUCGCUGGAAGAAGAACCACUGUGGUCGGAUGGGGCACUACUUUUUACGGCGGAAAAGAGAGUACCACCCAAAGGCAAGCUGUUUUACCUAUUUGGAGGAACGAUGAUUGUAAUCAGGCUUACUUUCAACCCAUUACGGCCAGUUUUAUUUGCGCCGGAUAUUCAGAGGGAGGCACAGAUGCCUGCCAAGGGGAUUCGGGUGGACCGUUGAUGAUUCAUUGGAAUACCAGGUGGAUACAAGUAGGGGUUGUAUCGUUUGGUAACAAAUGUGGAGAACCAGGGUAUCCCGGAGUCUACACUCGCGUGACGGAGUAUUUAGAUUGGAUUCAAGAAAACACAAGUACUUAAAUAGUGUACUUAGCCAUUUUAACAGGAGUUUUUAACCGAAAAGGUGCGAAGUGAUAAAUAUAAUUAAGCUACGAUUCGUAUUUAUUCUGAAUAUUUAGAUUAUACCGACAUUGUGAUAAUGUAUAUAAUUUUUAUAUGUUAAAUGUUAUUAAGAAUA